CUCAUAAAAACGAGCGAGACAGAAAGAAAGCAAAUAGAAGUGAAGUUUUGACAUCACGAUAAGAUAACCUCAAUAUUCUAUUAUUAUAAGUGAAUUUUUUAGAAUGUAUUGUUAUAAUUGGCAAAGAUAAUAAUAGAUUCAUUUGAAUAAUUGUAUAAGCAGUAUUAAAAUUUGAAUUAAAUGCCAGAAUCAAAUGUCAGAUACGCUAAAUAUAUAAAUAUCAACCAAAAAGAUACCGUCAAAUCUUUGACAUAGAAAUGAUAACUUGAACUCAUGUGUAUUUUUGAAUACUAAAAGAAGGAAAAUAUUGAAUGUAAACAAUGGAGAAAGAUAAAGAAAAAGAUGAAUAUUUGACGAGUUUAAUUGGUUCAGUAAAAAAAGAUGAGGCAGUAUUAACUUUGGAAAAUAAAACAGCAACUGAUGCGAAAAAUUCGCAAGCUAAAAUAGUCCGAGGAACGAAAAAAAUGAGGGUUGAUUCAACUGAUUCUAAUCAAGUUACUGAUAAAAAAGAUACUAAAGAUGAUGAAGGCGAAGCAAAAAUAGUCAGAUCGUUGAAACGUUCAUGCGAACUGUGGUCGCUAGAAGAUAAAAAUACAUUUUUUAAGGCAGUAAACGAGUACGGGAAAGAUUUCGACGGAUUGCAAGGAUACUUUUUAAAUCAAGGCAAGAAAAAAGGUCUACCAGAAAAUAUGAUAAAGAACAAAGAGCAAAUCCGGCACUUUUAUUACCGCACUUGGUUAAAAAUAUCAAAACACCUGAAGUUUUCCGAAGACGUUAAGAAAACGUCACAAGAAAUUUACGGGUUAAUUAAUUACGGCGAAUUACGACGUAAAUUACCACGCAUACAUGAAAAAUUUUUGCUAAAAUUGAACGAAUUAAUUUACUGGGGAUCAACCCAAGUUCGUUUGCGAGGAAAAACGAUGCGGAUUAAAACGCCGAUAUGUCGGGCUUUGAGAAAAUUGAAUCAACUUGAAGAUUGGCAAGAAGAAAUAAAAUUACCGCCACGUGUUACCGUUGAAUUACGACCGGGAAAUAAUUUAACUUGGUGGAAAGUACAAGCGAAUGCUAUGAAUCCCCGAGUACGAACACUGGUGCCAAUCCAACGGCGCUUGUCCAGUUUAUUGGCCUUUUUGCAGCAGCGCUGGAAGCCGGUAAAAUUCAAACCAUCUCUGAAUAUCGAUAGCGAAUUGUUUUAUGAUAAAAAAUUUAAUGACAGUGAACUGCUGCGAGUUGCGCCAGUCGAAGGCGCCAAAAUAUCUCUACCAAUGGUCAAUCUCGGGGAAUAUUUAACCAGCAAUAGCGUGUCGUUUAAUUCCUACGAGCAACGUUUGAGCUUAAAAAGUUCGCGGGAUGAAUUACUGGGUUAUGUCCAACAAUUUAAAAGCGUUGGCAAGAAAACCAUAAAGAAGAAAAUCGACAAGAAACUGCCGAGUUUAAGAGUUGCUGGUAGUGGAGGAGUCGCUGGUGGGGAUGAUAACGAUAAAUUAAAUGAUAAUAAUAGUGAUUUAGAUAAUUUAGAUACGCAUCUAAAUUGCUUAGAUAAAUCUCUUUUUGCUAGUCAUAGUGAUAAAAAUGCGGGAGAUUCAAAUAGUAACAAUAAUGUUAAUGUCAAUAGUAAUUUCAGUAUUGAACCCAAUCGAUUUCCUGGACGUGAAACAAUUGAUAGAAUUAGAGAAGGAUGGAAUAUCGAUGAAUCAAACACUAUAACUAUCGGUGAUUUAUUUUUAAUGUUUGGACGAGAAUCAAAAAUAAUAUUAGAAUACUGGUGGGAUGUUCCGAAAAAAGAUGACAGAGAGACAAAUGACAAUCCCGCGUUAAACAAAGAAUUAAAAAAACAAGAUGAAAGUCUUUGUCUGGCUUUACAAAAACUUUUAUCGAUCGCUAAACACAACUAUGGUACAAGUAAAGCCUUUGACAAUACGUCAAGUAGCAAUGAAACUGUCGUGUCAUCCCGAAUGCCUUCGACUAAAGACUCGACAUUUAGGAGACCGUUAAUUCCACAAGUUUAUCACAAAACUGGCAGCCAAGAGGCGUUCAAAACUCAAUUGGACAAAUUCACCACAAGAUUUUGUAAACGUGGUCGUACUGUAAGACAACGGAACUUAAUUGUACAGCGGGCAGUCCCAUUAAUUGGUAAUUUGAACUGUGAGAAAAAUGAAAUUAAAGAGCCUAGUAAUUUAAAUUUGAAUCCCCCAAGAGAAAUAAUUAGUGAUUAUAAUAAUGACAAUAAACUUGAAGAACUCGGAAUUGAAUUACUGGGCGGUAAUGAAAAUAUUGAAUCAGAAAAAAAUUUAUUAUCAACGUUGGCUGCUGCCAGUGCGGAUCAUUCUAAUAAUGAACUAUUAGUACAACCUUCUAACUCUAUAAUCACGUCGGCAACUCAAAUUUUAAAAGAAGGAGAAGGUCAAUGGCUUAAUAGUGAGGUUGCCGAUUAUUCUCUGAGUAGUUUUCUUAAUCAAUUUGAAUCACCAAUGAAAGGAUCACAAAGAAGUCAAACAGGAAGUCAAUUGGGGUCUAUACGACCAUCGUCUGAUGUUCUCAGUCACAUGCAAUGUCUGAUGGUCGAAAACAGUGUGGAUUACAUGGCAAAAUUUGCAAACUUGGCAUCGCAAAUUGCAUCUAAUGAUCAAAAUUCAAAUAAGUAGAGAAAGAAAUUAAUUUUUAUACGAUUGACAAAAUUGUUUAUUUAUAAAUGGCGUAGAAAAAUAAGUAUUUAAUACGAGAAAUUAAUUUUUAUAAAUAUUUUUGUACUUCAAAUAUUAAUAGAUAUGACAUAAAAGUAAAUAAAUUUUAUUCCUUUAGUUAUAAUAUCGCACCUUUACCCCUCAGAGUCAGAUCUUAGCAAAAGUUUCCUUCAAUUUGA